AUGACAAAUUUGGACAUGUCGUAUUCUUCUGAAGGAACUAAAUGGAAGGCAUACCAAUUCAGUGAUCCAUUCGCAGCCAAGUCGUUUUUCGUAUGCAAUAAGAUUAACAAGUUCUUUUGUCGACCAGAUUGUGAUGCUAGGCCUAUCACGAACUUGAAAUCGGAAAUUAAAUUUGUGAACCUGGUGUCAGAUGCUAUCAAUUACGGAUACGUUGCCUGUAACAGCUGUGAUCCAUUGUCCUUACCACCAAUCGAUGUGGACUUAUUGGUUGACUGUGUGGCAUCGAUAAACAAGCAAAUAGGGUUCUUACCCCCUUUAUUGGACGAAGACGAAGACAGAAACAACGAAAAGAUCAAGGAGAAUAUUAUAGAAUCGAAGAAAACUAAUGAAGAACAAAUAAUGCAGGCAAUUGGGGGCAGAAGGUCGUCUGUUCCAGUGAUCAACUUCGAAGGUAAAUAUUCGAAGGAUUUUGAAAAUACGUCGUUAUCGAAGAACGACUUUGACCAUUACAGAUUAGUGGAUUUGGCAUGCAGACACUUAGCAUUAGCCGCAGCGACUAAUAUCUUUCAACCUCAAAGCUCGAAGGGAUCGAGAUCGGUUGAGAGUAGUCCUUCCAGCUCGUCUUCUAAUAGUAAGAAGAGAAGAAGAAGAGGUGGUGUACUCGGGUUUAAAGAGCUAGCCGCAAAGUCCAAGUUAUCUGCUUGGCACUUUCACAGAGUUUUCAAGUCAGUUACGGGUUUGACACCUAAGACUUAUGGUGAUAAAUGCUGGGAAUAUAUCAAGAACUACUUGAACUCCAGUGAAUAUAGUUCUAAUAAACAACAAGAAACUCAACAAUCACAGUUGUGUGAAUACCAAACCCCUGUCACGAAUUCCAGUGAAUCCGCAUCAUCUAUACCAACAUCUCCUAAUGACUUGGUAUCUAAUAAGAGAAUUAAAUUGGAGCCAACUCAAGAAGUCAAAUUUGAAAUAUCAUCACCACCUCAGAACGAAGAGACUUUAUUGAAAGAAUUGGUGCUACCAAACCAAGUUCCAUCGGACAACUCUAACACUAGAAUGCCUACUAUGAACAUGAUACCCUCACCAAUGGAAGGUGAUGAUAAUUUCAAUAAGAUGAAUCCAAUGAAAUAUUCGGUACCCCAACAAGCUACAUUUGACAUCACUGUCAAUCAACCAAUAACUGACAACAAUUUCAACAUGUUUAAUGAUGCGCAGGGUUUAAAUCAAGAUUUUUCGUCUACAACUAGGGCAUUUUCAGCACCAGAUUUAUCUCAUUACAACACAAGACCAACUACAUUAUUCAGUCAUUUGAGGUCUAACGAAAGGACUCCAGAAGAAAGCUACAGUUCUAAUAGAUCAUCACAAUCGCCAGUAUUGAAUGAUGGCAUUCCUACUAUUGACGAAGUAGUACCUGCCAACCAAUACAUGAAGGGACCUGAAGGUGCACAAGAUGUAUUGAAUGAUGUGCCUGAGCUUAAUACUUUAUUAUACGACUCUGGUGUUAACAGCUUAAAUCCUUUGAAUGAUGAGGGUAAUCUUGACUUGAACUUGAAUAACAGUUAUUUUGAUCAAAAUCAAAACGCUUUCAAUUUAGGCUUCGCUUCGGAUUUAUUAUCCACGAAUAAUGACAACUUUUAG